UCUCUAUUGGCUGUUUCUGCUAAUGAAAAUGGGAUAAAGAUUUUGGCAGAUAAUGACGGUAUUUGCUUCCGGGGCAUCUGAAACUGCAAAGGGAAUCAUUCCUCCUGUCAUUGACGCCUCGCCGUUCUUCAACAACUUUAGGGUUCCAAAUUGAACUUCAAAUCUGUUGAAUUAACUCCAAACAAUGGCAUCGCAUAAUGAAGAUGCAGGAAAUGUAACACCCCAGCUUAAUGUAGAGCCUAAUGAUGAAUCUAAGAUGUGGAGGCUCACUGAAAUUAGAGAAUCAUCACAGUACCGGUCCUUGAAGCUUCCUGAAAAUCUUGGAGUGACUAAGAUAUCAAGCUUAGUAUAUACGAGCUCUGGUAAUGUUAUCUUAGCAUUAGCAUCAAAUGCUAUUCACCUGCUUUGGAAGUGGCAAAAAAAUGAGCGCAAUUCAAAGGGCAAGGCCACAGCCAGUGUUUCACCACAACUGUGGCAACCUUCAAGUGGCAUCUUAAUGACAUAUGAUGUGCACGAACCAAACCAUGAGGAAGCUGUCUCUUGCUUUGCUUUGUCCAAGAAUGAUGCCUAUGUGAUAUCAACAUCUGGUGGAAGGAUGUCCUUGUUCAACAUGAUGGCAUUCAAGAGAGUGACAUCUUUCAUGCCUCCACCUCCAGCAGCAACUUAUAUUGUUUUCCAUCCUCAAGAUAACAACAUUAUCGCUAUUGGCAUGGAUGAUUCUACCAUCCAGAUAUAUAAUGUCCGACUGGAUGUGGUUAAAAGCAUGCUUAAAGGGCACUCUAAAAGGAUAACUGGCCUUGCCUUCUCUCAUGUGCUCAAUGUGCUAGUUUCCUCAGGAGCUGAUUCUCAGCUGUGUGUAUGGAGCACUGUUGGGUGGGAAAUGCAGAGGGCUAAAUCCUUGCAGCUACGGGGGCAAUCAAUAUCUCAAUCAGAUACCAGAGUGCAGUUUCAUCAGGAUCAAACUCAUUUCCUUGUUGUGCAUGAGGCACAGAUUGCAGUAUAUGAAACAGCAAAGUUGGAAUGUUUUAAGCAGUGGGUUCCGCGUGAAAGUGAUGCCCCAAUUUCUCAUGCCACAUACUCAUGUGAUAGCCAGCUUAUAUAUGCUAGUUUCUUGGAUGCAACUGUGUGCGUAUUCACUGCCGGGAACCUCCAUAUGCAAUGCUGCAUUAUUCCUUCUGCUUAUCUGUCACCCGGUAUCAGCAAUUCAAAUAUCCACCCAGUUGUAGUUGCAGCACAUCCAGAAGAUCCAAACCAAUUUGCAUUAGGUAUGUCAGAUGGUGGUGUUCAUGUUUUCGAACCACUUGAAUCUGAAGGCAAAUGGGGCGUCCCUCCACCACUUGAAAAUGGCUUUGCAGAAGGUGUACCAGCUGCUCCAUCUAUUGCAGCUUCAGGCUUCGAUCAAGCACCAACAUAACAAAGAAACCUCUAAGCAAACAGUCU